CUUUUAACCUACCUGAGAAAACAGACACACCCGCAUAUCCAAACCCACCAAUCCAAUUGCAGCAAAGAGACGGCCAGGCUGCGUACUUCCUGUUUCUAUGAGGCAAAAGCAUGCAGUGCCAGUGAGGGUGAGGUGAAUGAACGGCUGAAUUACUGGAACAAGCUGUAACGCAAUCACUGUGCCUCCACUGACUUCAUGAGAAGACACGCAGGAUCAAACAGACAUUUACAUGAGGACUUCUCUCAAAAAAGUUGAGGAGGGAAAAAGAGAAAAAUAAGAGCAGGAAGAUAAGUGUCAAUCUGUUCAGACUUGUUUGGGAAUUUGAGAAGGGAGGGAGGAGGGGAGCAGAGGAGUGAGAGAUCGCUGUAAAAAUCUUUUGGCUGUGUUAAAAACUUCUUUUAACUUGGAUGAUGAGAUUAAGUAGAAAAAGGGAGGCCAGAUAAUUAAAUCAGUGUUUCAUGUAUAGAGCUUAUCUCACUCAACUUUGGUUCACUCGGUGGGAAAACACUGAUAUGUGGAAUGACUGUGAGUUGUGCAACUUCUUCAAGCUUCACAGCGUGUAGAAAGAGAAGAAAACGGGGGUAGAGACAGAGAGAGAGAGAGAAACGGAGAGGAGCGUCCCGCAAGACACUCUCAGCUUCUCUGUGUUACCAUGGAAACCAAUCAAAGUAAUCAGACCACUCAGGACACUGUAAAAAUGCCAUUCUCUUAAGGUGCACCAGGGAGGUUGUAUCAAUCAACUGUAUUAAUAAAUUGUCACCCUACCCCUAAGACCAUUCUGCAAACGUGACCUGGUCGAAAGUGACUUAGAGAUGGACAGAGUUCGGGAAAAACCAAGAGACAGAGUAAGAGAAGCAGGGCCGGAUUCAUACCAUGAGGUGGACUGGAGAGAAAGAGAGAAAAGGAGAUAUGGAGAUAGACGUCCAAAUGGAAGAGCAUCCAUGUCUGAGCAGGCUGAUUAUGGAGACCAAGAGUACGAGAGGAGAAAAGGGGACACCUUUCCUAGGAUGACAAGGCCAAGCAAAGAUCUAGAAGGACGGAUACCGCUUCCGAUCCACGAAGGGGGGUGCCAUAUGGGAACACCAAAAGAACUAUCGUAUGAAACCGAAAGAGAAAAAGACAGAAGGAGAUACAGGGACAUGGACACGCAGAGUGAAAGAGAAAGAGCAAGAUACAAGGAAGACUUGAGAAAAAAGGACAUGAGAAGGCUUGGGAAGCAUGAGGGGGAGACACAGAGGGGAAAAGAGAAAGAGUUUGACUCAGAAAUGAAGGACAGCAAGAGAGAGAGCUACCCAGGCAUCUAUGAUCAUUUGGCCGUCAGGGACAGAGAGAGAGAUAGAAGUGGCCGAGAGGGAGACAGAUACAGACAAAGAGACAGAGAGGGCAGGUAUAACUCUCGAGAGGCAGAGAGCUUUUCGGAUAGGGAAUGUAGGGUUGAGAGACACAGAGAUGUGGAAAGAAAUAAAAAAAGAGACACGAAAAGCGAAGGAGACAGUGAUGGAGAUGCGGGAAAGGAAAGGAGGAGAAAAGACGAUUCGAAACACAAGCUCUACAGGAGUGAAGGAGACAGUGACACACAACAAAUGAUGGACCGAAUGAGAGAGAGAGACAGGCGUAGGGAGAGAGAAGUGGUGAGAUGGCGAGAAACGCCGCGGCAGAGAGAGCGAGAGACAGUUUAUCAAAAUCAAUACAGAGAUCCCGAGAGAGAUAGAAUGAGAGACUCCAGAGAUAAAAGAGAUUACUCGGAUAGAGAUGCAUACUUGUACCCAACUGAGAGGAGGUAUAAAGAGAAAGAAAGGACUAGAUGUUUAGAGCAAGUAGAAAUCGAAGAGAGAGAGAAGAGGAGAAGGAGAGAAAACAGAGAGACAGACAGAAGCAAGCACAGACCGCGUGCAGAAAUAACUACAGGAUGUGAUGUCGAGGAUGAACAAAACAGGGUAAUACAAGAGAACGUCGAAGACAGAGAGACAGAAGUCACAUCUAACAUUGACAAACAGAAAGUUGAAGAAAGAAAAGAGAAAGAACAGGAGGGAAAGAGUGUACAGAGAGAAGAAGAGAACGGUGAAAGUGUUGCGGUUAAGGAAACAAAUGCAGUAAAGACUAAACCCAAAUUUAGGAAAAUGUGGCUGGAACCACGAACGGGAGGCGAGAGAAAAGGUAACUCUUUAGAAGAGGAGUAUAUAGAGAGAGAGAGAGCAAAAGAGAGGUAUGUCCAAAGAUACGGAGCGGGCAAGACAACUGAAGAAGUAGAAGAUCCUGAGAGAGAGAAAAUGAGUCGUGAGGACAGGUAUAGAGAAUUAGAGAAGGCUGGGGAGUUCAUGAGGGGACACGAGGAGGAAAGAAAAACUUGUGAGAGAGAGACUCGAGGAAAAGAGGAACAGAUGGAGAGAGAAAAUGUGAAAGAUAACACAGAGGAGAUUGACAGAGAGGAAGAGAGAGGGAAGGGUAAAUAUUGCAGCGGAGAGAAUGAAGAAGGAAGUGAGGGAGAAUUGGAGGGAGAGAGAGACAGAGUGACGUCAGCCGAUGAUGGGUUUGUAACCGUUUCAAGUGGAGGGGACGAUGCGGAGGAAGACAAUUUCGAAGACUGCAAAGAGUUCUGGGACGGUAGAGUUGGCGACGAUCUCAGUGGACAGUCAAAAUGCAUGCAGGACGAAAUAAAAAACCAAACAGAGAACGAGAAUGAGGACCAUAAGGAGAAAAAAGGACCUUUGAAAGUUUUUUGCGUGAUUGGUCAAACCCUUCCAAGGUCUAAACUGACAGACCACGUGGAUGAGGAGGCAACGGGUCAACAUUCAGAUCAGGACUUGCAGGUUGAAGCAAAUGUUACACAUGUUAAGGAACCACCAGAGAAGGAUGGAUACACUGAACAGGACGUCGAAAGAGCCAUGGGUGAUCUCACUCUUUCCCAUAAGCAAGACAAAGACGAUUGUGACACCAAAAGGGAGGGAGGGAGAAGUAAUGAGCAGCCAACGCUUGAUGUAAGAUCACUUGAAGACCAAAUGAUUCCUCCCAGUGAGAGUUUAGAAAAAGACACCCAACAACCAGAAGCGGCAUGCGACGAGAACGGUACCGACGCUUCAGAGACUUUACAAGGAGAAAAAGAAGCUACCGGAGACCCAGUGGAGAUGUAUAUUUCCGAUGACCCCUGGGAGACAUCAGAGGAAAGAAAGCGAUGCUCUACUGCUCCUCAUCUGACAUGGGCCAAGAGCGUGGUGAAAGAGAUCCUGGAUCCAGGUGUAACGGCAGAGAAAGAGCACACGAGAGGUAGUGUGAUGCACGUAGACACGCAAACCAUCACACGAACAGAGAGUAAGGGAGACACGGACGAUUGGAGGGAGGAGAAAGAACUGUUAGAGGCAGAAGUAGAACUACAGGGAGGGAUGGAGACUGAGUCGAAUGAGGAGUCUGAAGACGAUUUGCUAGAUCCUAGUUCUGUCCGAAACACAGUGUCUUCAGAAGGAGAGGCGGAGAGUGAGAGAGGGAAACUUGGGGCUGAGAAGACAGAUAGGAUGAAGGAAGUGGUUCUGAGCUCGAGCAGUUUUCGAGAUUUGGGGAAUGAGGCACGGAUUAGAAGGCGAGGGAUCCGAAAGACAGCAGAGAAACACAAAGAAGGUGAAGAGGAUGAAGGAGUUGGAAGGGAUCGCAGGACGAGAAUAUUCAAUGAAUCAGAUGAGGAUGAUGAUGAACUUUGCUUCACCUGGAGUGAACUGGAUAUGAGAAAAGUGACCGAAUCACUUAGCAGGACAAGAAAGAGGAAUUCCAAAUUCUUCAACUCGCAGUUAUAUCAAGAGUACAGCGAGGUGGUCCUGAACAGAGAGAUUCAACUGUCUCAUUCUGACUCCAUAGCCAGAAGCAGAGAUCCUUCCCCUAUCCGAUCAUCUUCCUCUCCCAAUCAUUCUCCAAAGCUUCCGCGUAGGCCACCCCCACCUCGGCCGCCAGCCCCCCUACACCCAUACACUCUGUCCCAGGAGAACUCCUUUAAAAGUCUCGUUGUGCCUCAGCAAUCCAUAAACAGACCUCCGUCUCCUCGACUGUCCAUCUCUCCUUCCUCGCCCACCCUGUGGCAAGACCUCCCAGGAGUGAGGACCAGCACGGAGUUCAGCAAACUCGCUGAAGAUGAGAGACGACUGCAGGAGGUGAGGUUUGAGGUCGUGACCUCUGAGGCAUCAUACUGCCAUAGUUUAGACAUCGUCGUGGAGAACUUUGUGAUGUCCAAACAGCUCAAUGUCCUCCUGUCUUCCCAAGACAAAAACUGGCUCUUCUCCAGACUAACUGAUGUUGUAGACAUCAGUCACAGCUUUCUGUCUCAGCUGGAAGAACGAGUGGAGAGUGACGUAUUGCACUUUACCCUCUGUGACAUCAUCAUCAAACACUGCCCACGAUUCCGAAAGGUUUACGUGCCGUACCUUACCAACCAAUCCUAUCAGGACAAAACGUAUCAAAGGCUAAUGGAUGGGAAUCAUGAAUUCCGGCGAGUUGUGGAAAAGUUAGAGCGUAACCCUGUGUGUCAGCGACUGCCUUUACGCUCUUUCCUCAUCCUACCGUUCCAAAGAAUCACACGCCUCAAACUGCUAGUACAGAAUAUUGUCAAGAGAACGGCUUCUAAAACUAAAGACGAGGCUCUGGCCAUUAAGGUUAUGAAACUGUUAGAGAAGAUGAUUCAAGACAGUAAUGACAGCAUCUCUCAAAUGAAGAACAUUGAGUCACUCGUGUCCCUCAAUGCAAGAGUCGAUUUUGAGUGCAGGACUCUGCCGUUGAUCAGCCAGUCUCGCAGGCUGGUACGAGAGGGGCCCACGAUUGAACUGAGGGACUUCUCUCUGAAGCAAAAUGAGAGAAGUGUUUAUUUGCACCUUUUUAAUGACUACCUCCUGGUUUCGUUGAGGAAAGAAGGGGGAAGGUUUACAGUUAUAGAUCAUGCUCCCGUCUCAGAGCUGCGGGUUGAGAACUGCAGGUUCAAACUGCAUUCCUUACAGAAAAACCUGUUCCGGCUGCACAUGGUGAACCAGGCUCUGCUGUUGCGUACUGAUACACAAGCUGAUAAACUGCGCUGGAUAUCGGCACUCUCAAGGCCUUAUGCCGAGAUCGACUUCGGUGCGGUUCAGGACUUUCCACAAGUGCAGUGCAUCAGAGCCUAUGUUGGCCAGCAACCAGAUGAACUCAGUUUAGAGAAAGCCGACGUCCUGUUAGUUCACGAGCAGAGUACAGACGGCUGGGUGGAGGGAACACGUCUGUCCGACAGGCAACGCGGUUGGGCUCCGGACUCGCACGUGGAGACAAUAGGCAGCGACAAAACGAAAAAGCGUAACCUGCUGGACACAAUGAAAAUUGCAACCGCUGCAUUGUGAAAAGCCAUCAAGGUUCUCAGGUGGAAUUAUUCAGCCACGAAAUGUUUAGUAUUACUUUUAAAGUCGUUUUUGAAAAGACCUGCGAGAACUGUGUGAAUUUAAGAGUCGAUUUCAUGGAAAUGUAUUUUGCGUGUACACACAAGCACAAGGGGUGAUAUGCACUCACCCAUCUCAAUGCUCUCCACACCUUGCUGAGGGUGUUUUGAGAUGCUGGACGUAGAUGCUUUGCUCUUAUCCAAAAUGACUAUUAUGGAUAUCAGCAUGUGUGUUCUCUGGGAAACCAGACUUUGCUGCUAUCACAAUGCUCUUCCAAUUCAGCAGAGGACAACUAUGUCCAUGCAGCAUCAAUCCAGAGUUUAUAUACAACAUCACAUAAAGGCUGCCAUAUGUUUUGAAAUGAGGACUCAUGGGAGCUUCUGGAGAGAUGCUUGGACAGCAGCCUGCGUCUUUGGAGAGCCAUGUCCGCUGAACAUAAGACAGUGAAUAUAUUGCACACCUGCACCAUAAGCAGCUUUUUGUUAUUUAUAAACAUCCUCUUCAGAGUGGAAUGUAAACCCAUCGGACUGCAGCCUCACAGGCAUGUUUUUUCUAUAUCCAGGAUACAACUGAUAAGAUGAAAAUAGGGACAAAUGAGUAAGAAUUUGUAAAAAAAUGGUGGACAUAAUGAAAUGCAUGCAAUACAGGGCACACUUUUGUAUAAUUACAGAUGAUGUAUUAUGGGUGGAUUUACUGUUAUGAAUGAAUCGCCACACACAUAAAAUGCAAUUUACUGUACGUAAUAUAAGUAUUAUGUUUUCAUGGAACAAUUGCAUACCAUCUGUGUUUUCUAUUAAAACUGAUUGGCACAAAAU